AUGCCAAAUAGUUGUGUUUCAGUCCAGCCGGAGAUCCUGCGUGUGGACGCUCACUACAGCCAGAGCUCGGACCCCGGACUCGCCCUCAUUCUCUUCGCUUUGGUUCGCUCCAACCCCCCCGCCUCCAUCCGCUGGGUGGACCAGUCCGGUCAGCUGCUGGCCAACAGCUCCGACUUCCUCAUCCUGGACUCACGCAGCUUCCCCUGGCUGACCAAUCACAGCCUGCAGCUCACUCUCAGCAGCCUAUCAGGAAACAUCACCGUGAGCGCCAACAACAGCCUCGGCUCCGCCCACAGCAACCUCACGCUCACAGAGUUCCUUCAGUCUCGUGUGGAGGUGCCGGUGUUCGGGAUCGUGACGGGUGGAGUCGCCGGCUUCAUCACCCUCCUCAUCUUCACUCUGAUGGUGUUCUUCCUCCUCCAGAAGGACAAGACUAAAGGUGUGUGAGCGUGAUCUCAGCACACUUCCUCUCUGAAGAUCACCGAGAACGGUGUGUAUCUUCCGCGGGAGAACAUGUCUCUUCCGUCUCACGUGCAGCUGAAUGAUGACGGAUCUCUCUGUAAAGGACAGCAGAGCUCCAGACCCAGCUCUCUGGAGAGGAGACGAGCCGAGGACGACGAGGAGGACCUGUCUGCGGCCUACGCUGCCCGAGGGUUCGCUCGCUAUCCGAUGGUUGGCUACAUCUACAAGGUCAGCAGCACCAGCAGCGACGAGAUCUGGCUCUGAUUGACCUCUGACCUCUGAACCUCUCAGACAUCAAGCCUCAUUUCUGAGAUCUCACCGUGAUUGACUGACAGCGCUGAAGAACUGCAUUACCCAUAAUCCCUGAUCCGAGAAACCACUGUUACUAUGGAAACGCCAAUCAGAAGCUAUUUCCACAAUAGCUAGACUACAUCAGCUAACUGAUGAUGAUGAUGAUGAUGAUGAGAAAUCAGAGCAAGAGUUAAAAUCACAGACCGACUCAAACACAGGGAAUCAUGGGAUCUGUAGUUCAUUCAGAAGCAACUUUAAUAUUAUUUUUUGUGUUUCUUCAUCAGAUGUGAUCAUUUUCUCUCAGUUCUCGUGUCAUGGCCUUCUCUAAACAUUUAAACAGUAUUUCAGCUGGACAAUGUUUUUUUUUUCAUUAGUAGCGUUUUUAAUUAAAAACACAUGUUUAUCAUUUAGUUUCAGAGGAUUCAGAGAACGUUCAAAAGGAACGUUUACACAACGUUUGCAGAACGUUAGCGAAACCUCCUCGUCAGCAGAACGCUCUUCUAGUCUGCACUGAUUCACACGAAACCGUCGGACUGAACAUAAUUACAUGAAUAAUGAAUCAGACAGACUGUACAUGUGUGCUUUCCUCAGUAUUUACCCACAGUUCUUUGCUGCUAUAUGGAAUGCGCAUUGUUUUCGUGAAAUAUAAGGGAAACCUGCAGAUAUGUGAGAGAUAUAUAUAUAUAUAUAUUUAAAUGAAUAUAAAGAGUAUUACCGGUAAGGUGUUAUGAUCAUCUGUGUGUGUAUAUUUACUGUAAGUAUGUUUGUAAAGCUCAUUAUGAAUCUGUAUAUAUGAAUAUAUUUCAUAACGCAUGCCACUGUGUUUCCAUCCAGCAGGGGGCGCUGCUAGUUAACCUCCAGGCUGUUAACCAGAGCCUAACUAGUUCUAGUUAAUUGUUCCAGCGAUUAUCUGUCUCUCGUGAAUGAUCAGUCAUAUGAUGAAAUACCUCAAUAAAUCAUAAUAAGUCUCA